UAAUCCAUCAAGCUAUCUCUCAAACACUCUCUCCACGUCUCUUUAUAUCUCUCUAUCAACAAAACCACCUUUUUCAUUUUCCAAAAGUCUCACCCAUCAAAGGCAUAUCCUUUUCUCACACCCAUUUCUCCACUUUUUGGACCACAUUACACAACCUUGCUUAUUAUUAUUAUUACUUUUUUAAUAAUUCUAAAUUUUAUUAAUGAAAUUCCUUUCUUUUUUAAUAAUUCAAAAUUUUAUUUAUGAAAUUCCCUUCUUUUUUUUGUUGUUGGGAGGGACAUUGAUUUAUACUUCUUUUAUUGCUUUUUAUAGUUAGGUUUGAACCUUUCAAAUUGACUUGUCUACUAACUUUGUUUUAGCACCAUUUAAAACCUCUUAUGUUCUGUCCUUUUUUUUCUCACCCAAGAGUUUUUGCCAUUUUUAUAUCUAACUCUGGUCUAAACUUGAAUGAAAAAUGGCAAUUGAACUUUGCUCAGAAAACUGUGGUGUUUCUUCAGUGAGUCCAAGAAUUUCUUUCUCUCAGGACUUUUCACAAACAGAUGCCAUACCUGUUGAGCAACAACCCUUUAGAUCAAAUUCUUCUGGGUUGAAUUCAAGUAUUGAUUUUGAUUUCUGUGUCAAUCAAACCCUCAACCUUGAAUCAUCUUCUGCUGAAGAGCUUUUCUCAGAUGGCAGAAUUCUUCCAUCUGAAAUCAAGAAAAAAAAACUCCCUUUGAAGCAACCAUUAACAACAACUCAAUCAUCACCACCACACCCUCCAUUGCAUCCUUCAUAUUUGAGAAAAGAUAGCUCCAAAGAAAGCUCCAAGGAAAGCAAGUAUUUGAAUGAUGAAGUGUGUGAGAAACAAAGUUCAAGUUCAAACUCAAAGUCAUUUUGGAGCUUCAAGAGAAGUAGUAGCUGUGGAAGUGGCUAUGGAAGAAGCUUGUGUCCAUUGCCACUUCUAUCUAGAAGCAAUUCAACUGGAUCUACCUCAAGUGUUAACAAGAGAAAUUCAAUGUCAAAGGAUGGUAUUAGUAUUAAACAAAAUUCUCAGAAACAUUCUUCUUCAACAAGGCUUUCAAAUUCAUCUGGGUCUAACAGUUAUCUGAAACCACCAUUGAAUAAGAGUCAUGGAUCUCAUGGUAGUGUUAGAGUUAAUCCUGUUCUUAAUGUUCCUUCUGCAAAUUUAUUUGGUUUGGGUUCAAUCUUCUCCAACAAUAGAGACAAAAGCAAGAAAAAGUAGCAUUUUUUUAAGGAUUAAAUAUGUUUUGAAUCCUUAAGUUUUAUUUUAUCAUUGUCAUUUUAUGAGGAUUAAUGACAUAUUUAAUUUAACUAUAUUAAUUUACUUAUUUAUGUGUGUAGUUUUUAUUUAUGAACUAGUUGGGUUUUACCAUAUGAGUGGAAAAGAAGAUAUAUGUUUGGAAAGGUGGAGGGUUUGCAUCAAGAAAGUAAAGAGGUGAUGGACAAGAAUGGCAUAAUGCAGGAUUUGCACAUGUUGGGGGACAGGUAGAUGUUGUUUUCAUGGAGAGGUCCCUUGCUUGUGUUUUGGUUUAUUUGCUUUUGAAAUUUGGUCUACUUGUAAAUACAUUCAUUUUGAUUAGUUUCUUUUGUUUUUGUUAGUUUGGAUCUCUCUUAUUCUACACAUGUAUUAUUACUUUGAGUCACUUUUAAGAGGUUUAAUGGAAAUACUUGAUUGAAUA